AUGGACGAACUGCGGUGCCCUGUUGGUGUCCUCCAGCUCUUGGAUGCCAUAGAGCCUCCAGCUCGUCUCACAUCGCGGAAUCGGCUCGAACUAGGUCUAUUGCCUGGCGGCGAGAAAGGCGUCGACAGUCUGCACGCCGUGGCCGUCGCCAACCUCCACGCGACUGCAAGCGAUGAGGCCAUCACGUUGGGCGUCAGGUGCCUCCUGGCCUUGGGAGAGCUCUGCCGAGAGCUGGAGUGUUCCGAGCGUCUUGGGUUGGUCGGUGGACACCAGGACAUUGUCCGCCUGAUGACAGAGGGUAACACCGCCGGACACCCGCGCGGCCGCGCGUCGGGGUUGUCCACCAAGCAUCAUCAGCAGCAGGAGCGGCCGUCGAGAACUAGCGGUGACGACCAGGCUGGAAGUCAGGGGAAGCCAGGUGCAGAUGACGCGGGCACGUGCUGUGAUAGCGGGACGGGGCAAAACGAAGACGACGGUGAGGAUGAGGAUGAAGUGCAGUCCGCGGCCGCCUAUGUUGCAGCUCAGGUGGUGUGUUCCGGAUCAGCUUUCCCCAUGCGCAAAAUUUUGGGCGCGGAGGGAUCGUCGGGGCUCGGAAGGUUCCCGCUGCAGUACAAUUUUGUCAUCGACCACGCUGAUAAACUGCACCAAACCCAGCUAUCUAGUGCUGCGGGCACUGCUGAAGGUGGGGAUGUCGGCGCCAGCGAGGUGGGUGGAGACGGAGAACCAAUUUCAGUUUUGGUCCGACCGGUGAAGCAGCGGCAGCACAGUCAGUUUGACGUCGGGUUCGUCAUGUGGCCGGCCGCAAUCAUCCUCUCUCGGCUCCUGUGCCGAAACCCUAGGUUAGUCCGUGGUCGGCGCGUGCUCGAGAUCGGGGCCGGUCUUGGCUUGGCUGGGCUUGUAGCCGCACGCAUCCAGCAGGUGCCCUCCUCGGCGUCGAACGCCCCGUUGGAGGAGCUUGCUUGCUCUAACGGCGGCACUGUCGUGGGCAGCCGUAGCGAUGUAGCUGCAGCAUCGGUUACUUUGAGCGAUUUCAACCCCCUAGUUUUGAGGGCUCUGGAGGCUAACGUUGCUCUCAACUCGCCUGAUAGCGGUAUUGUGGCGAACGGGGGAGUGCCUGGCGGUUUUCGGCGGGAUUACUCGAACAGCGACGAAGAGACUGGUAGCGUGCGACCCGAACAUGAUCGAACGGGAGAGGCGCCAGAGGCAACCGUCCAACAUGGAACGGUGCACGUGCGACACCUCGAUUGGGACAAGCUAGAGGGCGUGCCGGGGGUCGGCGCGGACAACUGCCGGUCGUGCUCUGUUAUUGAACAUGGGGAUGGCCGUACUCAAGCCGCUGGGUCCCAGCCUAGAGAGGAUGCCGGUAACAGCAAUUUUGACAACAGCGAGCCCAGCAGUCACGCCGCGGAGUCAUGCUUCCCGCGGGACGGUUGUGUAAAUGGGUUGUCGCGAGGAGAAGACGGUGGGGUUAAGGGCAUGGAGCAUGAGCAUGGUGUGGUUAAGAGCAUCGAGCAUGGGGAGCGCUUUGACGUCAUCAUUGCCUCGGAUCACAUCUGCCAGGCAUCGGACGCGGAGGGCACUAUUCGCGUGCUUCGAGCGAUGCUCGCCGAGGCUCCGGGACCCACAGCAACACCGCCGACAGCAUCCCCAACAAUACCACCACCAGCAACAGGCGGGCAGGCGCACUUCGUCGUGGCUCACCCGCGCACCCGCUGGGGCGUCGACGCCCUCGUGCCUCUCCUUCGAGAAGCCCCGGGGCUGGACUUCACAUGCAAGGAAGUCACCGAUCCUGACCUCGUGGGUGGGCUAGAGGAGGCGGCGUACUUGGCUUGGCUGCACAUACACGUGUGGACGGUCAGCGAGCGGUCAGUAGAGCCCGCUGCUGCUGCGGCUGCUGGAGCUCUGCUGGUUGCGGGGUAACGCUGAGGGUUGGUGCUUGUGUGGCGGGAACGACCAGGUUGGUAGGAGUGCCAUGCACCCCCGUUCCUCGGAAUCCGUGCUCGUGUCAAUUUGGGGUGCAGGCGGCUUAAUAGCGAUAGGGUUAACUCUGGGACAUAUUUUGACGGUACAGUACCGUAGCACUUGGAACUAUAUAAGGCCGAAGUCUACCGGAACUAUUUCAGGUGGUCAAAGCGGCUCUCGGAGUUUUGGUGUGGGUUUUGCGUGAAUUCUGGAGUUGGUAGGGACGUUCAUGGUGAUGGCAUCUACGAACGCUGGUAGCUUUUGGCUGCGGUGCGCUAUUGGACGAACUGCCCUCCGUCGGCUGGAGAGCGGGGAAAAUGCGAAAGGGGUUCGUUUUGAUUUGCGUGCCGGGACCCUGCCGUCACCUUGUGGGGCAUGUUGUUGCAGAAGGGCUGCCGCUUCACGGCUCACCUCGGCAAUGGUUGGGAACGAGUGCGAGUGUAAGCGUACUUUGGGCGAAGCAUAUACGAGCUGGUGUGGAAGUUUUGAUGUGGUUUUGUUAUUUUUUUUCUUUUCGGGCCCGUUGUGUUGCUGAAGAUCUUGCUCCUGUGUACUCUUGUGAUAUCGGGGCGAUGUUUCUACUCUCUCCGCGAGUAGGUCCCAUGGGACCCUAUUUGAACUGCCAUUUUCCCGUGCUCCGUGAGUGUAGCAACCAGAUUCGGCUGCUUAUUUUGGGAAGUCUUCAGCGGGAACCAGGGAUAGGUGUGGGUAUUCUGUCACGGCAGACCGUGGGCCCAAAGCAAACGAUUUUGUCUGACGGCUUUUUCGGGCAACGCCAAAAGUGCGUAACAUGUCGGGUUCACUAGUGAACACCAGCGACACGAGAACUCCCGUCGUUUUCCGUGCGCUGUAAGCUCGAGGGGUUCUGUUUGAAUAUGUCGGCUUUAUCGCGUUCGUUUGCCGAGAGGAUCUGACGAAGAGGAAGGUGGAGAGAGGGGAGGCAUGGUCCCUGUGCCUUCGGAGAUGAAACUGCAUGCAGCGGGAAGCCUUGUCCAGGGCAUCUAUUACAGUGUGUUUGAGCGGCGUGGUGGGCAUAUUUGGCGUUGGUGCGACCUAUCGCAGCAGCGGCUUCGACCCGUUUGUUUUGUUGGCGAAAACUCUUUGGCUUAUUACCACCCCAUGGCUCUUCCCACCCGAUUUUGAACGGGUGGACGACGGCCCUUUUACUUGAGCAUCGGCCCUUAUUUUUCUGUGUGGAUGAUAGAAGGGCAGUCGUGUUGCGUAAGGCGCCUCAAUUGCAUGCAGGUCGAGGGACAAUCUAACGCGGGGUGUCUUUGUCCAUCAUCUGGUCUACCGCUUGGUCCGUUCCUCAGAAAUGCUCAUGUAUGUUCUUCAUCGGGUCCAUUGAGUGCGUUGCUGCAGCGGCGCAAGCUAAGGCUUGGCAACAUUCCGCUGAGUAAGGUUUGGGUGCAAUUUUGGCUCAAGAUAGAUUGUCCGCGCCUGGCUCGCGUCUUCGGUGGCGAAUUGUACUUCAGUUGUAUGCAGGGGUGGGAUGUUUGAAAAUUGGAGCACAGGGUCGGACUUGGGUUUUCUGUGUAAGAGUGUUACGGAUCGCGAUCUGUUCCUUGAAGCAGCGAGAUAAUCGCACGCUCCGUUCACAGGUGGAAUUUCAAUUCUUUCUAGGGCAGCAACUCUUCAA